AUGCCCAACUUCGCCGGCACCUGGAAGAUGCGCAGCAGUGAGAAUUUCGACGAGCUGCUCAAGGCGUUGGGUGUGAACGCCAUGCUGAGGAAGGUGGCGGUGGCGGCUGCGUCCAAGCCGCACGUGGAGAUCCGUCAGGACGGGGAUCAGUUCUACAUCAAGACGUCCACCACCGUGCGCACCACCGAGAUCAACUUCAAGGUCGGAGAAGGCUUCGAGGAGGAGACUGUGGACGGACGCAAGUGCAGGAGUUUAGCCACUUGGGAGAAUGAGAACAAGAUCCACUGCACACAAACUCUCCUUGAGGGGGACGGCCCCAAAACCUACUGGACCCGCGAGCUAGCCAACAACGAGCUCAUCCUGACGUUUGGCGCCGAUGACGUGGUCUGCACGAGAAUUUAUGUUCGCGAGUGAAGGCGGCUGGCUUGGUCCAGCUUUAGGGGCGGAAUGCACGCUCCCCUGGGAAUAUGUAAUAGGCCCAAGUUGCCCGUGGGCCUCCCCUCCCUCCAUCAACAUUAGGUGAUCCCCUGGUUCUUCCCAAUAAUGUUGUAGUGUUUCCCCCCAAGGCCUUCACGCCCUUCGUGUUCCUGGUGCUCUGUAGUUUGGCAUUUGCAUGGUUUCAUCAGUCAUUAAACUAGAUGGACAUAUCUCAUGGCUCCUCCUUUUCUUGAGUUGCCUCUUUAGUUCAGCAC